UCUGGAGAUAUAUAUAUAAAAAAAUAAUAGUAAUAAUAAAAUACACUUAUGUUUACACAGUUGAUUUACAGCCAACCAUUUGAUGACAUCUUAGUCAGUCGCCAUUUUUAAAUUUCAAACAGCUUUUCUGCUUCGCUUUUCUGGCCGCCGUGUGUCAACACAUCCUCUUGGCUGCUCAGCCGCCGUGUAACGGAGUGUAAAUGACAUUGCAGCCAGGAAAGGGGUAGUAGGAUGUUAGGCUAACAACGCAGUUUACAGGCUGCUAUGGGCCUUACACUCAUCUGACAGCCGAAGUCGCCAAUUCCUGUUGUUCAGCCCUGCAUAUAACGACCGGUGAAAAGAUGAUACAGAGGUCAAAGGCAGUUUCCUGGGCUUGUGUGUUUGCUGCUGCUGCUGAGUGACUUGAGUGUGUGAAUCUGCAGAUGUCGAUUGAUGACCGGGCUCUGAUCAUAAGGCAGAUGGCUGUUUAGUGAGAGCUCCUCCUUGUUCAUCUCCAAAUUUUAGAUCUGCUGACGCCAACAAUGUUUUGGAAGUUUGACUUGCACACAUCCUCUCAUCUGGAGGCUUUGCUAGACAAGGAGGAUGUCACCCUCACUGAGCUCAUGGACGAGGAAGACGUGCUGCAGGAGUGCAAGGCCCAAAACAGGAGACUCCUCCAGUUCUUCUGCCAGGACCAAUGCAUGCAAGAGCUAGUUCGUUUGAUUACAACAGAACCCCCUGCUGGCGCAGAAGAGACCAAACGUUUCAAGUAUCCAAACAUAGCAUGUGAGCUGCUGACAUGUGAUGUAGGGGUGAUCAAUGAUAAGCUCGGAAAUGAGGAGCCUCUGCUGGAAAACCUGUAUGCUUUCCUGGAGCAGCCGUCCCCGCUUAACCCCCUCCUGGCCUCCUUCUUCAGCAAGACAAUUGGGAAUCUAAUAGCACGGAAGACUGAGCAGGUCAUCAGUUUCCUGCGAAAAAAGGAAGGAUUCCUUUCAUUGGUCCUGAAGCAUAUAGAUACGUCUGCCAUGAUGGAUGUGCUGCUACGCCUUAUCAGCUGUGUGGAGCCACCUCCACUUCGGCUCGAGACCCUCACUUGGUUGAAUGAACAGAAACUGGCCCAGAGACUCAUAGAGCUCAUUCACCCUGAGAGAGAUGAAGAGAGGCAGACAAACGCUUCUCAGACACUGUGUGACAUCAUUCGUCUCAGCAGAGAUCAGGCCAGUCAGCUGCAAGAGAUUUCCCAGCCCGACCCGCUGCUCGCUGUGCUGGAAUCGCAGGAGUGUGUCGAGCAGCUGCUUCAGAAUAUGUUUUCAGGAGAGAGGGCUGAAAGCUGCAUUGUCAGUGGGAUUCAAGUUCUUCUGACCCUGUUGGAGAUCCGUAGGCCUGUGGUGGAUGGUGUCAUGGAUGCUCAGGGGUUUGAGAGAAGUUACACCAUUAACAGCAGCAUUUUGUUGGCUAUUCAACCACACCUAAUUCACUUUCACCAGCUACUUCUGGAACCACCUAAGCGAGAUCCCAUGCUGACUACUCUGGGUGUGCUGGAGGAACCGCUGGGGAACACACGCCUGCAUGUGGCCAGACUCGUGGCCUCUCUGCUUUACACCAGCUCUGCCAGCCACGCAGUCGUAGCUCAGGAGCUCUGCAGGCUCAAUACCAUGGAUCUCCUUCUGGACUUAUUCUUUAAGUACAACUGGAACAACUUCCUGCACCUUCAAGCGGAGCUUUGUGUUGCUGCCAUCGUCCGGCCGUGUGCCCAUGAAAUGAGACUGCAGCCCGGCUUCAGUUCCCAGGAUAAGUCCAAGCCUUCUCCAGACGCACCUCAAGAGCAGAAUACAAGUGAAUCCCCAACCUCUGAACCUUCAGUCACCUCCGACAACUCUGCCCACAACUUAAUGGUGACUCAUUUGUUCCAACACUGCCACCUUAUCCAGAGGAUUCUGGAGGCUUGGGAGGAGAAUGAUAAAAUCCAGUCAGAAGGCGGCAUGAGAAGAGGAUACAUGGGACAUUUGACAAGGAUUGCCAACACUGUGGUGCACAACCUGGAAAAAGGCCCAGUUCACACUCAAAUCAGUAACCUUAUCGCAGAGCUGCCAGAGGACUACAGAGGGCGCUGGGAAACCUUUGUGGAACACACACUGUCAGAAACCAAUAGAAAAAACACCAUAGACCUGGUCGGAACCGGAAACCCUCGAUCUUCUUCAGAGGAUGACAUGGAGAGCCCCUUCCCUAAAGAGCUGACAAUGCAGCAGGCCUUUUCAGACUAUCAGAUCCAGCAGAUGACGGCUAACUUUGUAGAUCAGUUUGGCUUUAAUGACGAUGAGUUCACGGAUCAUGACGACAACAUUGGUGCAACGUUUGACCGGAUUGCUGAGAUCAAUAUCAACAUUGAUGCAGGCCAUGACACCGCCAACACAGCUGUGUUUGAGGCCUGUUCUAAAGAAAGGAUUCAGCCUUUUGAUGAUGAUGAAGAAGACAUAUGGGAGGAAAAAGAAAUCAACUAUGCAGCACAAACAAAGUCAAGAAACAGGUUCGGUGGCUCCCCUUCCUCCCAAAGCCAAGCAGCCAGUCAGACGUGUGAGAGGACAGCAGCUUCCAGCACCGACGCUCCUGACAGACCUGCAGACUCUGAUUCUGAGGAGGAAGACAAUAAAGACGAAUUUGAUCCGUUUUCAAGCCAGGGCCAGACAGGUGCACCUCCAAGUUCUGACUGGGUUGCAGACUUUGGAGAGGUGAACUCCACAGCUCCUGCGGCUGGAGCAGCGUUUUCCCCCUGGGACGCUCCGGUCUCCCAGCCAGCUGCAACAGAGACGGAAGAUAAAGGGUGGGCCAAGUUCACAGAUUUUCAGCCUUUCUGUUGCAGCUCUGAAACGGGCCCCAGAUGCAGCUCUCCUGUGGACUCGGACCUCAGCGGUUCAGACAGCACCAAACCAAACCCCAACCCAUGCGUGUGGAGUGCUUGUGUGGCAAGAAAAGCUCCUCUUGUGGCAUCGGACAGUUCCUCCUCCAGCAGCUCUGACAGCGAUGAAGAGGAAGGAAAGACAGAGUCCACUUCCAGUGAGACGGUUACCACGGAGACCAUCACCACAGGUGCAGGGAAGGAGACUAUCCGGCUGACUGUGGAUGCCAAAAAUGAGAGGGCAGUCUUUACGAGAGUUUUCCGACCGGCAUUCAAACGUGAAGGAGAUAAGGUGCCUAUAGAUGGACUAUCAAUCAAGGAAAAAGACAAAGAAGAUGAAAAAGAAAAGAAACAUGGAAACGGCUCUAGCACAGUUACCGCCAGUCCAACCAACCAGUCGGCCGAUGUCAAACAAGAGAUGCAGUCCCCUGCUAAUGGACCGGCCUAGCACCGCAGCACAGGCCCACGUUUCCCACUCUUUUUUUUUUUUCCAACGCGCAGCCAUGCCCCCUUUUUUGCUUCCGGUUAGCAGAACCCCAAUGCCCUUUUGUUGUCUGAAGACAUGUAAGUGAAUAAAGAUCGUCUGUUCUGGGAUCAAACAGCACUGAUGCUGGAAAGUAGACAUCCGCCCAUGGGUAGUAUUGAUGUCUCAUAUGCGCCUUCAUGACAUAAUUACAACUAAAAAGCUUCGAGGAGGC